CGGAGUAAAUAAAUACCCACACAGAUCCCUAUGGAAUGAAGGGAAUAGCAACGCACCAUAGCUCGCUGAAACUCAUUCUGUUUGCUUUGGUUAAAGCGUCCACUUUUCUUAUUCUCGAGAGAAAAGAGAAAGUUUUAUUUUUAUUUUUGUUUUUGUUUCUACAAGGGAAACAAAAUGGGUAUCUCGUGUAUUUUUUUCUAUUCUAUGCUUCUGGAGCUCUGAUCUUCAACUUCAUCAACUGCUGCUACACUACAGACUAUGUGAAAUAUGAAUCACAAGAACAAUAACAAUGACAACAAUGGCUGGUUGGGAUUUUCUCUAAUGUCUCCCCAUAUGAAAAUGGAGGCUCCUUCUCCUUCUACAGCUAUGGCUCCAAGCUUUCACCUUUCUCCAUCUCUAUGUUAUGGUGUUGGAGAACCUUCUCCCUUCCACUUUCCUCUUCCAGUUAUUAUGCCUCUCAAAUCAGAUGGUUCACUGUGUAUUAUGCAACCCCUCUCAAGAUCCCAACCAAAUGGCAUGGUAUCAAAUGAUAAUAGCCCAAAGUUGGAGGACUUUUUGGGAGGUGCAACAAUGGGGGGAAAUCCCUUUGGUGGUCAUCAAAGGGAAACAAUGGCUCUUAGCUUGGACAGUAUUUACUAUCAUAACUCUGACCAGGAAUCUAGGCAGAGAUCUAUGGACUUUUUUCAAGAACCCCAAACGCACCAUUCUUACUAUUCUACCCUGCAAUGUCAUGAAAUUUACCAAGAACCACUUCAGGUGGUGGCCAAACCAGCCCAUCACCUUGCUGACUGUGUUGAAAAUGAGUUUAAACAAUGGGGUUCUUCUGGUCAUUUUGGUGGUGGUCAACAAGGCCUUGACCACCACCACACCUCCACUGCCAGCUGUGAGAGUGGAAUGGGUUGCAAUGAGUUGCAGUCAUUGACCUUGUCUAUGAGUCCAGGCUCUCAGUCCAGUUGUGUCACUGCUGCAAGGCAUAUUUCCUCUACUGACCUUGAAUGUGUGGCUAUGGAGUCCAAGAAAAGGGCUUCUAUGAAAGUGGCGCCAAAACAACCCAUCCAUAGAAAAUCCAUUGACACUUUCGGUCAAAGAACAUCCCAGUAUAGAGGUGUGACCAGGCAUAGAUGGACUGGUAGGUAUGAAGCUCAUUUGUGGGACAAUAGCUGCAAGAAGGAGGGGCAGACCAGAAAGGGAAGGCAAGGUAUAUACUUGCUUGGGAAAUGGCAUUUCACUUCUGCUGCUAAUAUCAGUAUAUUUGGGAGGCUACGACAUGGAAGAAAAAGCAGCAAGAGCUUAUGAUCUUGCAGCUCUUAAGUAUUGGGGCCCGUCUACCCACACUAACUUCCCGCUGGAAAACUACCACAAGGAACUUGAUGAUAUGACCAACAUGACUCGCCAGGAAUAUGUUGCACAUCUCAGAAGGAAGAGCAGUGGGUUUUCCAGAGGUGCUUCAAUAUACCGCGGUGUAACAAGGCAUCAUCAACAUGGUCGCUGGCAAGCUCGAAUCGGUAGAGUUGCAGGAAACAAAGACCUUUAUCUUGGAACCUUUAGCACCCAGGAAGAAGCAGCAGAAGCAUAUGAUAUAGCUGCAAUCAAGUUUCGGGGUGUGAGUGCUGUCACAAACUUUGACAUAUCCCGAUACGACGUCGGGAAGAUAAUGGCGAGCAACACUCUCCCUACCGGGGAGUCAGCGAGGAGGAACAGAGAGAGGGCAGCGCCUGUCGAGGCCAUUGAGUAUAAUAACAUUUCCCUUCAACCGAACCACGAAUGCCUUCACGAGGGUAAAACCGCGAAUUCAUCGGACUGGAGUAUGAUGUUGUACAAUACCAACGCGCCUUUCGAACCAAUGCCGCAUGAAAAAGAGCUAAACACGGGGAACUACCAUCAGAAACCGUUGUUCUUGGGGGCCCCGCAUGAUGAUGUCGUGUAUGAGAACGAUGACGAACCCGACAAGCUUCUUCACGAGAGUAGCCACAUGUCGAACCCGUCGUCCUUGGUGACCAGCCUGAGCAGCUCGAGAGAAGCGAGUCCAGACAAGGUGGCGGGUGGCUUGGCAAUGGUGUUUUGCACGAAGCCCACUGCCAUGUCAGCAACCAAGUUCUUGAUUCCAGCUGGCAAUGUCAAUCCUUGCUUCCCAAACACCAUAUCUCACCUCCCAGUGUUUGCUGCUUGGAAUGACACUUGAAAUCUGUCUAUAUUUACGUCAAGGAGUAAGGACCGGAUGAAUGUAGGGUUCCUGUUUAGUUAGUUUCUAAAAGUUCUUAGUGGAUAUUAGUGGGAAAAUUAAUAGAAAGACAUGGUGGGGUAGGGUGGGGGGUCAAGUAUCUGUUUGUAACUUUAUUAGUGAUUUAGUGUUGGACAAGUUUUUCAAGACUAACCCUUUUUUCCUGGCAACGUUGUCGUUUUGAUUUUGGAAAAUGGAGGGAAAUGGAAUUCAAGAAAGUUGUACUUUGGUUAAAUUGGUCUAAUAUUCCAUUGUUAAGUUCUUUAGUUGAUCCUAUUGUAGAUCUAAUCUGGAAGACCACUGUUGGUAGACUUAUAUGAUAGACUAACUCCAAACACUAAAGUAUGGAGGGGUAAGACAUUGUGGUGUGAUUGAACAUUUGCUUUUUCUUUUCUUUCACUUUGGGGUUCUGUAAAGUACAAAAAUCAGCUAAAUGCUUUC